ACACAGCUCACCUGUCAAUGCUACUGUCCAUCCAUCCGAAAUGUGUUGCCAUGCAUGGACCCAGUACAAUGCUCAAAUCCCACAUGCUCCUUUCCCUAAACCUCUCAUACACGUACCCACCGUACAUUUUCCAAGUGUCACCCUCUCGUGCCUCCUUGCUUCACGUUGCCUUUCUCUCAUUGGCUCUAUCCCUCUCUUUAAACCCCCACCUCAACAAAUCAUUCCUCUCGCUCUUUUUACACACACCAUUUCCCCCAUUCUUUCACCUCUCCCGUCUCGUCCUACCUACCCUUCGCCAUUUUCUUUCUCUUACCAUUUUCUAAGCUUCACAAUGAUCAAGACCCUGAGUCCCUACUCCACUGCAAAAACAGCUGAGAUUAUGUCUAGGUACAGGCCCAUAGCACCAAAGCCUGAGCUUCCUGCCAACUCCUUGGGUGACACCCCGUCAAUGUCUCAGAAGAUUAGGCAAUCUCCUUAUCUCAGGAAUCUCUGGCCUCAAUUGCAAGCCAGGCCUACUAGAACCAGAAAGAGAGGCAGAGCUACCAUGUCUCCUCCCACCAUCAAAAGACCAAGAACCCAUCUUUUUGGUCUUUCCUCUCCCAGUCAUGUGCCAUCACCUGCCAGACAUCUCUCCUUGCAGGGUUUUGCUUAUGGGAUUUCUCAGCUUCCUGUUCCCAACCUCGCUGGUGUUGAUAGCAAGUUGGAAAAUCCAGUGUCAACCGCUUCAGAUUUGGUGACACUUCCUCUUCUUCCGUGUCAGCCAUCGGUUCCUCCUGUUGGUAACCAACCUAUAGCACCUGAAAUCAAUUGCAUGGAACAACGUAGAGAGGUCAUAGAUUUGAACACUACUGUGGCUGAAAUCCCAGAAGAGAAGGAUCUCUUGCAGCAAUUACAAGAAACUCUCACCGGCAAUAUUAUAACACCUCAGCCAAUUCGACCAGUUGGCUCAAGCAUAAGCGUUGGGUGCAUCAGUGAAGACCCAAGCUCAACCCCACCAGUGCAACUUCCAAAGAAGCCAGAGGAGGUUGAACAAGAAGUUGAGUUCGAGUCCUUGCCAGCCGUGAUAUCUGAUUCCAAGUACAAAGUGCGGCUGGCAAAUUCUGCCUAUAAAGAAAUGGUGGGACAACCAGAGUGCUCGUGGCUCGACUUGAUGGUGAUGGGCGAUGGCAGGUUUGGAGGUAGCUCAAGCAAAAGGAUCUGUGGAGAGGUGAAGCUUCAUCUUGCUGAUUCAAAGGUGCCCACUUCUUCAAAUGGAUUUUCAUGCUGGGUGAGAAUAGAAUGGGGACAUGAGGGGAAGAAGAAAGCCAUCAAUGCUUUUUGUGAUGUUAUCAGAUUGUCCUGCGAGUCCAAGGAUUACCUCUUCACCUGGAGGUUCCACGCUCAUAACAGGGAGGGCUCCGAGUCCAGCAACACUGCUUGAAUGCCUAAUUGUAUAAAGCAGUUCACUAGAAAACGUAUCUUGCUUGAAUACUUAAUUGUAUAAAGUAGUUCACUAGAGCACGUAUCUGAUCUACUAUGUAUACAUAAGAACACAUCAGGUAUAUGUACAGUUUUUGUUAGCUUUUCAGUUAAAAGUCAAAUUCUGUAGAAGAUAA